AUGUCAAAAGUAUCAAUUGCAGUUAUCGGUCUCCAUGGAUUCCUUGGAAAACACGUUGUAGCAGCUAUAGAAUCGGGCAAAUACGACUCCAAAAUUGAAUUCCCAGUCAAGGCCAUUACACGUAAGUCAGAUGAUAAGUCAACAGAAAAGAUCCAAUACAUAACUACUGCAGAAAUCUCUGCUAAAGAUACCAAUUUGAUUUCACAGCUUAAGGGUAUUGAUGUUUUAAUUGAACUCACUUCCCCAAAUCCCGAGCUCUUUGCCAACAUUGAGAAAAUCAUUGAAUUGGUCAAACCAAAAUUAUUCAUUCCAUCCCAGUUUGGUACAGAUAUUCCUCCAGUUGAUGCCUACGCACCAGGGUUCUUAUCCCUCAAGACCCAACACUCAGAAAAUGUUCGUAAAUUAGGCGGCAUAAAAGUUGUCGAUAUCAUCACCUCCUUAUUUGCUGCUCCUGGAGCAUUUUUAUACGAAUGGGUAAAUGCAGUAGGUAUUACCGAUGAAGGGGUCAAUUUGAUUGGUGAUAUCAAUCAAAAAUUCCACGUUUCAAAAUUAGAAGAUAUAGGAAAUGUCAUCUUGAGUGUUGCCACUUUCAAAUCAAUCGAGGACCUUCCUGAUACUCUCUACGUUGCAAGUGACACAAUUACUGUAAAAGACGUUAUCGACAAGUACUCAAAGGCUAAAGGUAAAGAAUUGAAAAUUAUUAGUGAAAAAACGGCAGAGGAUGGUAAAAAGGAGUUUGCUGACAAACUAAAAGCCGGUUUCAAUCCAAACGAUUUUACAUUUUACUUACAAGCUAUCAUUAGUCAAGGUUUGGAUAAGGGAUUGUACUUCAGUAAAUUGGAUAAUGAGUUGGUCAAUCCAAACGAGUCAAUUUGGAAAUGGGGUAAAUAUUAG